AUUCCGCGACGCGACGCGGUUCGCCGAGAUGGCGCGACGACGCGGACCGCGACGCCGCGGGGACGGCGACGACGACGAGUCGACCCCGCUCGUCGCUCGCGGGCGCGGGUCGACGACGCCGGCGACGGUGACGCGGGUGACGCUUUUAGUGUUGGUCGCGAUGGGCGUCGUCGGCGCGUCGACCGCGCCGCGUCGACGAUUCUCGGCGCGAGUCGGCGUUUUCAAGAAGGGAUUGAAAACGGUGACGAGCGCGGCGAGCGGGGUGGCGAGCGCGUGGUCGAAGACGGGCGACGCCGCGUGGACCAGGGCGGAAAAUCUCUCUAAAAACGCGCGUAAAAAGGUUGGCGCCGAGUUGACGGCGGCCAUGCAAUCCGGGCACCAAGAGAUUUUUAAGCAAUACGACGAGGCGUCGGGGUGGUCCCAGCAAGCGGCGAAUCAAGUUGCGGGAGAGGCGACAGAACUCGGGGACGACGUCGAGAAGACGGCGAAGAUGAUUGCCGAGUUCCUCGACGGUUAUAAAUGCGACAUCGGCGUCAAAGACUUGAAGAAGACCGUUGACGAUAUUAAAAACGCGGUCGGCUCAAACUCUUUGAAAUCCAUGUACGACAAGGUGACGGGAUCUCCGAAUAGGUAUUUCAAGAACAUGGACGACUUGGCUUGCCAGAUGAUGUGGGAUACGUCUGGAUUCGCGCAAGCUGCAUCCGUGAUGGAGGCUUUCAUCGAGUUGGCCAAGGAUAAGUGUCCGCUCGUCGUCAAGGGUUCGAGUAAGCCCGCUUUCACCUAUGGUUUCUCCGUCUCGGGUGACAUUGUCGGCGUCGUACUCAGCGCCGGUCGCUCUGGCGAAGUCGGUCUCGGCAUCGACUUGUCUGGCCAAAAGUUUUGCUACGCUGGCCAUUGCGUCUACUCGGGCUUCACCUUGGAUGUACCUCAAGUGGGUGUGGACUUCAACGUCGUUGUCUCCGGUUGGAAGUCGAUGUCAGACGUGUCUGGUCGGUCGAACAUGAUGGCUUUCGGCUUGAGUGGCGAGUUACCAGACUCCGCCAUCCCAGAUUUUGACGUUGAUCUCACGCUCGUCACCGGCGGCGCCAAGAUGAGCAACAUAUUGGGCGUCUCCAAGGCGUUAGGCGUCGGUCAAGACGCGUCUGAGCUGCCGGUGACGGGCAGCUUCGCCAAGGGUACGUGUAUAACUCCUUGGUGCGUCACGUAUGAAGGAGGUUCGUGCGCCGGUGAUCCGGGAGAAGGGCGCGAUUUCAAGUGCUAUAUCUCCAGACAUUCGUCGUUCCGGCUUCCUGCUCCCUUUGCGGGUCAAACCGUUCAAGACCGAUGGGAUUACUACAAUCGCAAAUCGGAAUCGGGCAAAAAGAUGCGCAAAGAAAUCGAAUCGAAUAAUGACAAGUAUCCGAUUUACGAAGGGUGCGAGUUCGGCGACGCCGAGAUGGAGUGUUACUACGACAAGUUCUACGCCAAGGCUCAUCCAAAGGAUUACGACGACAUCGAGAAAAAAGUGAACAAAGAAUCUUGCAACGGCUUCUCCUCUGACUCUGAAUGCUCCAAGAAUCGCCGCGAGAGGAUCAUCGAGAAGAAGGUGAGCCGCGCCAAGGCUGAUUUCUUCAAAGAUAAGGGUGGCUGGAAAAACGAACCGACUUCUUACGCGAAGUGCGGCAUUUAAGACGCGCGUUCCACCGCGGGCGCGCGCGCCGCACGAUUUUGCCGACGACGCUGUAA